GAAAAGCAAGAGUUGGGGCGCAUUGUAAGCCCUGGUGUGAGAUGCAGUAAGAGGCAACACCUGAGAAAGAAAAGGAAACAACGGGGAAACGAAAGCUGCGCUGUCUUUCUCAGCAAUCGCAACAUAUUAUCUAGUAUUGACACUGGGAAGUCUGUCAGAGGGAAAUACCGACAGAGGAUGGAGUGGCAUCUUCUAGCGCUGGUUCUUUGCCUGAGUUUGCCACCUUCCACCAAGGCAGACUGCUCGACCCACUGCUUAACCUGCGCACAACAAAGCCCCGACGUAGACACGCUGAUCAACAGUCUGACUUGCACGUUAGAGUGUGAAGGUACCCUUCCAUCCACUGUAGAACUAGACAAAUGCGACAACGUCCUACAGUUAUCCUCUGGCGGUUUGAAAGCAUUUAACCAGAGAAAUGGAAUCACGCCGGCUGAGUCCGAGACGGGUGAGCUCCAGGGUACGUCUGUUGGUCCCAUGUUCAAGCGUUAUGGUGGAUUCCUAAAGAAACUAGACAAAAACAAAAUAUUUACCGUUGUUCCACGUGAAAAUGCUAUUCUCAAAGGCUUGCUCGCGACGAAAGACGAGACUUCGAUCAGAAAACUUGGGGAAAGAGACACCCCGGAGCUGGAGCAAGAUACCGAACAGGAAGGCGGUGCCUCGCAGGACGAACUGGGGGUCUACAACGAUGACUCCUCCAUCCACGAAGCGAAACGCUACGGGGGCUUCUUGAGGAAAUUUGGCCCCAAGAGAAGCGACAACUCCGCGGACCAAAGCAGCCGAGAAGAGUUACAAAAGCGUUAUGGAGGCUUCAUGAGAAGAAUUCGACCGAAACUCAAGUGGGCCAACCAGAAGAGAUACGGCGGAUUUUUACGGCGUCAUUUCAAAAUAUCUGUUCGAUCAGAUGAAGAGCCAGGGUCGUACGACAGCAAUGACCUAUAGAUCACUGACGGCUGUUAUCAUCAAUGCCUUAUUGAACUUCGGUUACAAAUUGACCGGAAUUCUCACUAUUACCUAUUC